AUGGCAAUCCUUUAUGCUGAGGCACUGCAGCUGAUUCAGGCGGAGGCUCAGCAACAUCGCGACGCCUUUGUCGCUGAUGGGGAGAAUGUUCCUAUCAGCCAUGCGCGGAAUCGCAUUGCUCGCGAGACUGUAACGAGUCCGAUAUCGACCCCAAAAUUCGAUACCUCCGCUAUGGAUGGGUAUGCGCUGAGCUCGUCUGCGACGCAGGAUGCGACCAUCGACAUCCCGGUAACAUUUGAAGUCAAAGGCAUGAUCGCCGCGGGAGAUGAGCCUUUGCGGAUUGCCGCUGAUGAACAAUCGGGAGCGCCUGUCUGCGUGGAGAUCAUGACAGGAGCUCCCUUUCCGACUAGCGUGAGUGGUGACGAAUUGGACUGCUGUGUGCGCAACGAGGAUGUAACAGUCAUCGUGGACGAAGCGUCCAACCGCCGCUAUAUUCGAGUCUUCAAGCCAGCAAAAGCGCGGCAGAAUCGAAGGUUUGCAGGAAGCGACUUUAAGAGAAGUGACGUCCUCAUCGAUGCGGGAGAAGUGGUCCAUCCGGGCCACAUCCUGUCGAUGGCAUCGGUUGGAAUCACGGAAAUUGCCGCCUUGCGCAAGCCUCGAGUGGCUGUUGUCUCUACUGGCUCGGAGCUAUUGCCUCCUGGGCUUCAUGAAUCGUGCCUCCAUCGGAUUAGCGACGCGAAUGGGCCCUAUCUAACUGCAACCUUGGAGAGUUGGGGUGCUUCAGUGGACUUUUUGGGGAUUGUCCAUGAUCAUGCUGAGUCCCUGGAACAGGCACUGGGCUCGAUUCUGAAAAAAGAAUACGAUGUGAUCAUCACCUCUGGAGCUGUUUCUGCCGGUCGAUGCGACUUGAUUCCUGUGGUGAUUCGUCGGUUGAAUGCUCGAGUCGUGUUUCACAAGGUCGCCAUGAGACCAGGACAUCCUGUACUUUUCGCCCAGAUUCCCGAUUCUUCAAGCACUGAUAAACAUCCCGGGAGAGGAACGGCGUUCUUUGGGUUGCCCGGAAACCCCGUAGCCAGCGCUGCCUGUUUGCGCUUCUUGGUCCUUCCAUACCUGCAAUACCUACAGCGGCAGCGACCAGACGAUCCGUCGCAUGCAUAUCUUCUCCCUCGUGACGACGUGGAAACAUCGACCACCAAAGAGCAUCCAGUGGUAUCUACAUUCCGCGGGGACAUGGACGUCUUCCGACCGGCAUUGGUCCGCGGCUCGUCAGGCCAUGUACAGGUAAAGCUCAUACAGGAUCACAGUCCAGGAAAGAUCAAGCCGUUUCUGCAUUCAAAUUGUUGGAUCCAUAUCCACCGAGGCGUUUCCGAGUUGAAAGCAGGUGACAUUGUCGACAUUUACCCAAGCCAGUGA